GGUCCGCAAAAGAAUCCAUAUUAAUCAUAUUGCUCGUAUUGCUCCAAUUACUCUAGCAAUCACAUGACGUUCCGAAUCACAUGACACAGAAGAUGGCUGCGCAGUGGCGUUCGAGGGAAAGAAAUUACCCAGAAGAAUUUGAGUCUUGGCACCUGGAGAGAGUGACUGUGGAAAAUGAGGACUAUCAUCCACUGAAACCCAUCAUGGUGACUGAAUCCAAGACCAAGAAGGUGGGGCGAAAGGAAAGCACGUCCUCCAGUUCAUCAUCAUGCUCAUCUAAUUCUGUGGCUGAUCCUCUCAGCAGCGUAUUGGAUGGCACAGACCCUCUGUCCUUGUUUGCAGCAACUGCAGAGCCAGUGGCAUCAAAUGUGGAUGGCAAAAGAAAAAAAAACGAGAAUGAAGAAUAUGUUGGAAGUGACUUUGAGCCUUGGUCCAGCAAACGGGGAGAAAUCCUUGCCAGAUACACAACAACAGAGAAACUUUCCAUUAAUCUCUUCAUGGGCUCUGACAGAGGCAAAACCACAAAUGCAGGCUCUGCUGUUUCAGAAAAAGUGAGAACGCGACUUGAGGAACUCGAUGACCUUGAAGAGGGAUCACAGAAAGAACUUUUGAAUUUGACCCAGCAAGAUUACAUUAGUCGCAUUGAGGAGCUAAACCAAUCACUUAAGGAUGCCUGGGCAUCAGAUCAGAAAGUCAAGGCUCUGAAGAUUGUUAUACAGUGCUCUAAACUUCUCUCAGACACAACAGUGAUCCAGUUUUACCCAAGCAAAUUUGUGUUAAUUACUGAUAUCCUGGACACUUUUGGAAAACUUGUGUAUGAACGCAUCUCCUCAAUGUGCUUGGAUAGCCGAUCUUCAUUACCUGAAAAUUUUUCCCCAGAAACUGUAAAUGACACUGCCAAAGAGACCUGUCUAAACUGGUUCUUUAAGAUAGCAUCCAUCAGAGAACUUGUUCCAAGAUUCUACGUGGAGGCAGCAAUAUUGAAGUGCAACAAAUUUCUCUCUAAAACAGGGAUAUCUGAGAGUCUUCCCCGUUUGACAACUAUGAUCAGAGGCAUAGGUGACCCACUAGUGGCAGUGUAUGCUAGAGCGUAUCUCUGCAGGGUUGGAAUGGAAGUUGCUCCUAAUGUGAAAGAAAGUCUGAACCGGAACUUUUUUGACUUUUUACUUACAUUUAAACUAAUUCACAGUGACACAGUGCAGAAUCAGCUGGCGGUUCAGGCUGUAGAGAUUCCAGUUUACCUCACACUGUACUCUCCUGCUAUUGACUGGAUGUUACGGUGCAUUGCAUAUCGUGCUCCAGAGACGCUGUUAACAGAAAUGAUGGAACGCUGCAAGAAGCAAGGGAACAAUGCCUUGCUGCUGAAUUCAGUAAUGUCUGCUUUCAGAGCAGACUUUAUUGCAACCAGAUCAAUGGACUUUAUUGGCAUGAUUAAAGAAUGUGACGAGGCUGGCUUUCCUAAGCAUCUUCUAUUUCGCUCACUUGGAUUAAACCUGGCUUUGGCUGACCCUCCUGAGAAUGACAGACUUCAGAUUUUAAACGAAGCUUGGAAAGUGAUCACCAAGUUAAGAAACCCACAGGAUUACAUUAACUGCUCAGAGGUUUGGGUUGAAUAUACAUGCAGGCAUUUUACGAAGCGGGAGGUGAAUACUAUACUUGCAGAUAUAAUAAAGCACAUGACUCCUGAUCGUGCAUUUGAGGAUGCAUAUCAACAGUUACAGUCAGUCAUAACAAAGGUUAUUACUCAUUUCCAAGACUUUUCUGUCCUGUUCUCUGUGGAGAAGUUCCUUCCAUUUUUGGAUAUGUUUCAGAAAGAAAGUGUUAGAGUGGAGGUUUGCAAGUGCAUCAUGGAAGCUUUCAUCCGGCAUCAGCAGGAAGUGACAAAAGAUCCAGUCAUUCUCAAUGCUCUUCUUCAUGUAUGCAAGACAAUGCACGACUCUGUGAAUGCUCUGACCCUUGAAGAUGAAAAGAGGACAUUGGCUAAUCUGAUAAAUGGGUUUAUACGAAUGGUCUCCUUUGGACGGGACUUUGAACAACAGCUGAGUUUUUACGUUGAAACCAGAUCAAUGUUUUGUAAUCUAGAGCCUGUGCUUAUCCAGUUAAUUCAUAGUGUGAACCAUCUUGCCAUGGAGACAAAAAAGGUGAUGAAAGGAAAUCAUUCAAGGAAGACUGCCUCAUUUGUCAGGGCUUGCGUUGCCUUCUCCUUUAUAACCAUCCCAUCUCUGACUAGCAUCUUCACACGGCUCAAUCUGUACCUGCUUUCAGGCCAGGUGGCCCUGGCAAACCAGUGCCUUUCACAAGCGGAUGCCUUUUUUAAAGCUGCAGUAAGCCUUGUUCCCGAUGUCCCAAAGACCAUCAGUAUAGAUGGGAAGAUGCGGUCCUCUGAACCCUUUCUCUUGGAGUUUCUUGGCAAUUUCUUCUCCACAUUACUUGUUGUUCCUGAUCACCCAGAACAAGGAGUUCUCUUUCUAGUACGGGGUCUUCUAAAUGUCAUAGAGGAUUAUACAUGGGAAGAUAACAGUGAUGAUAAAGUGCGGAUUUACACCAGUGUUUUACAUCUCCUUGCUGCAUUAAGCCAAGAAAGCUAUUUGCUUCAUGUGGACAAAGUUGACUCUAAUGAUAAUCUUUAUGGAGGAGACACCAAGUUCCUGGCGGAAAUUAACCGACUUUGUGAUACGCUUAUAGGACAAAUUUUGGAACAUCUAAAGACCCUUGGGAAAGAAAAGACCCUGAAACGUCAGAGUUAUUUAGCCUUGCUGUUUUUCAACAGCAUUCUUGCUCAUGGAGAUCUAAGGAAUAAUAAACUCAAUCAGCUGGCUGUUAACCUAUGGAAUUUGGCUCAAAGGCAUGGCUUUGCAGACACCAAAACUAUGGUGAAGACCUUAGAAUACAUCAAGAAAAAAAGCAAAGAGUCUGAAUGGAGUCAUUUCAGUGACCUUGCAGCAAGACUACCUUUACAAUCCAGAACCUAGAAGAGAGAAAGCUGUUUCCAGUUACGUGUGUCCUCAACUUAAAAAAGUUUCAAAAUCUCAUUUGACGUGAGGGUUUUGGGAGAUCUAGCUCAUGGCCUGAAAGCUGUGUAGCUAGGUGUAAGGCGUUACAGUGUUCAGUUAGCUUUGUGAGAUUGUAUAUAUCAAAGGUUUGGCAUCCAACAACAGUCACAGUAUGUGACUUUCAGAAUAGAAUUUAGGAAAAUAAAUGUUAUAAUAAUACACAAAGGAGGUGUUUAAACAAGAGGUGCCUGACUCAGUUACCUGUGUGGAAGACACAUAGGGUUAUUAGACAUCGCGGUGACUAAUCGAGUCAACUUUCCCACCAUAGGGUACUGUAUAACUCACUGUGACUAAUCGCACGUGGUUUUUGCUGCGUGGAUUAGUCGCUGUGCGUGUCUUCGCCCCUUAGUCGGUUUUUAAAUUAAAUAAAACUACGCUAUACUGUCUCUAUGCACAGUACUAGGGCCCAGUGGAGAUAAAAAUAAAGCAUUCAGGCUUCUGUGGCCUGAGUACAGCUAGUUUAGCACAGUUAUUUACAAACCUUUCCUGUUUAGUGUGUAUAUAAACAUUGGCCCCACUGAUCUCAGGCUGAGUUCCAAUUUGUAAUUGGUCUAAAGUGCAUUUGGGUUUGCUAUUUCAUCCCUUUUCAACUGGACACAUCUAUAUGUUUAAUGGAAGAGUAACACCAAAAAAAAAAGUGUUUAUAGUAAUUAAAAGCACUGGUAAAACUGAUAUGAUUUCUUCAGAAACACUACUGUUGUGUAUCUAAACAAGCGAUUGUGUAGCAGUGGAGGCAAAAGAAAUAGGGCUAAAUGACACUGGUUAAAUAGCAUGUGACAGAUAAGCUUUGUAAAAUAUAAUGGUGUUCCACAAAGUUUAUCUGCUACCUGAUAUGUAACCUACGCCUUUUCCCAUUUAGAUUGCUGCCACCAUGGCUACACAGCAGCUUAUUUAUAUAACUAUAAUACUGUUUCUGAAGGAAAUAAACCCAUUUUAGAUGUGAAGAGCAACAGUAACUUAUAUAGUUUAAUUACUUGAAAACACUUCUGUUUUUUGGUGUUACAGUUCCUUUAAUGCUUGUUAGCAAUUAAUAUAGAUGCAUGCUGCACUAGAAUUAGGGCCUAUGUGUCUAUUUGUUUAGACACUUUGUCUUAAGCAUAAGGAUUUGCUCUGCCAUUAUGAGAAGAUCAUGUACAAAAGAAAACUUGUUAGAAGACUGCAUCUCCAGUAUCAAGAAAGAGGUCUCGUGAACUGUGAUGCUUAGUGACUUUUACUCUUAACUUUCAGGGCUGUCACCCAUAGAAGAUACAUGUUAUCUUCUGUUACAUGUAUUCAGUUUCAAAGGGGUGAGGUGGAAAAGCUAACUGUAUUGUCCACUGGCAUUGCAUUUCUUUAAAACUAUCCCAACUAAUGUGUUACUCUUCUGUUGUUAACAUGCAGUCCACAGAUAACACUUCCUUGAAAUUCAUAUUGCAGCAAUAUUUAUUUGAGACCCAGUUUAUAUUUAAUAGUACGAUGUAUGAAAACUUGAACAACUCAACAAUUUAAAGCGCCUUAGCAACGCUCCAGCAGUCUUGGCUCAUCAUACUAAGUCAUGUUAACUGAUAUGGAGGAACAAGUCCCUCGUGUUUGUAUGUGGUAAUACUGUAGUCACAUGCAAUGGACUACAUGAGCUCAGUAUAAAUAGAAAUGCAUAUCUAGCCUUAACACACUGAAUUAGUUAAUAUGAAAUAUAAUAUAGAAAUGCUAAAUCAGUAGCCACACCCGAUCGGCUUAAUUGGUAACUUCUUCAAAUCUAAAUAACUGCUCUGUGAGGUUUUAUAUCACUGGAGCUCUACAUACCCAUAAAUUGCCCUUGCAACCAAGUAAGCAGCACAGAUUUAGUUAUAGAGGGGUCCCUGAUAUAUAAAUAAAAAAGAAGUUAGUUGGCUGUCUGGAAAGGCCCAAGCUAUAGGGCUGGAGCUACCAAGAUGCAAUCUCAUCCAAUGUGCUUUCAUUGUACUGUGGUCCUAUACUGUCCCGUUUCUCUGUAGUUUGACUACAAUGACUAGAAAGUCCCACAGCAAUUAUGAGCUGGGGUGAUUGCUAGGGCUUUGUUGGUGGGAGUUACAGCAAAAAACUUUCAACUUGCUGCGAUAAGGCAAAUGGUUAAGAUGAUACUGGAAUGGAUGUAUGAGAGAGGCUUUAUCAGGAGGUGGAUUAGCUUGACCAUAAAUAUAUGACACAAUUGGCUUUACAUUCAAAACAGAUGAGCAAAUUUUAAUCAGCUGAAUGAUGACAUAAUAAACCUUUGCCUAACAAAAUAUAAAAACAUUUGGAGCCCAACCAGUUUGGGGGGGUGCUGUUUAGCAGCAUUCGGAGUAAUGAAAGUAGCCUACUUCUACGUCCUUUGCUUGGAACCACCAGUUUUCAGGGCUGCGAUCCCCUGAACUUGGCUUGUGUCACUAUGGAACACUAGAAGUUAGGGUGCUUCUUGCUUCUUUUAGCCUGUCUUCAAAAACACACCCCUUACAUUAGAGUGACCCCUAACUGCAGUCCCUGGUAGUAUAAUAGGUUAUGCUAGCAAAAUGUUCUGAAUUCUGUGAAUGUGUAACAGCUUCAUAGUGAAGAUGUUUUACCAUCUAUGUAAAAUAAAAUGUGAUUAUAAUGUGUUAUUUUAAUGGGGCUACACUAAUCAUGAUACAAUAUAAAAAUCUAUGUAUUUUUGUAUUAAGUGCCAUUAUCUUCAGCAGCAGAAUAGAAUACAGAAUCCUACUCUGUUAUGCCUUUACCGGUCUAAAACUAAGGGUGAAGACAUAUGGGGUGAUUAGUCGCUGCAGCUAAUCGCAGUAUUUUAACCACCAUAGGCUAUUGUACAAGUUGUGGUGACUAUUCACCCUGUGUGUCUUUGUCAUAAUGUGUGCUUAAGUUGGUCUUACUUCAUUUCAGUAUUUACCGUAAUUAAUGUACAUUUCCACAACAGAUACACACUAUAAAUGAAGGGCACUUUUCUGUGUUUUCCAUAGCAUAUUAUGUUGGACCUAAAAAAAAAAAAAAAUCUUUAAAGCACUUUUACAUCUCUUUAGCCAGCUGUAUCAAGUAUUUCACAUGUGGUUGGAUUUUUGUGUAUAUUAAUAAAAAAAAACAGUUUAUGUAAACUGUGUUAUUUUAUCACAAACUGACAUUAAGUGUGAGAAAUCAGUCAAUGACAAGUCAGCUUCCAUAAUCCUGCACACAUACAUACCAGAAGAUCAUCUUCAAAUAUUUGCUAUUGUGUUAUCUCCCCAAAAAACCAUCAUACCCCCAAAUUAUGGCAGUAUUCUGUUACUGAAAAACCUUCUAUGAAAAAAAUACUUAAGUCAAUUCCCUUUAAAGUGCUGCACAAGUUUCACUGCAAAUACUGUAUGUUGUGUCCUCUACACAUAAUGGCAGUUCAAGGACCAGUUUAAAUAUUUUUUAAAUCUAAAAAUGUUAUAGUAGUUGAUUAGGUACAUACAAAUAAACAAUUUCUUUGCAACAAA